CAGGUGGAGCCAUCGGAGGGCGGGAGCGCGGCAGCGCUACUUUUCCCAGGCGCCGCGCCGGCACUGCCAGUGUCCUUCGCAAGUUCGCGGCUCGGACUGUUGCUUCGGUGUCUUUGUGAAAUCAGAUAACCAUGACUUCUGCUUGGGUUGGUUCUAGAGGAACAAUACAUGAUUAUCCUGGAUUCAGUGCUUCAAAAGAUGCAGAGGCGAUUAAGACAGCAGUUCAAGGACUGGGCACAGAUGAAACAUCGCUGAUCAACAUCCUAACAGGGAGAUCUAAUGCUCAGCGGCAGCUGAUAGCUAAAGAGUUCAAAGACUACACUGGAAAGGAUCUGAAAGAAGCUUUGAAAGAAGAUACUUCAGGUGAUUUUGGGCGUGUCCUGGUAGCUCUUGUAAUGCCUCCUGCAGAAUUUGAUGCUGAACAAAUUAACAAAACCGUCAGAGGCAUUGGAACUAAUGAGAAGGCGCUGAUUGAGAUCCUGGCUUCCCGAACCAGCAGGCAAAUCAAAGAAAUAGCCCAGGCUUAUUAUACAGUUUAUAGGGCCAGCCUGAGGGAGGACAUCGGUUAUGACACGUCAGGAGACUUCAAAAGAACUCUUAUGGCCCUGCUCGAUGGCAGAAGAGAUGAAAAUCCAGAGGCCAAUGGAGAAGUAGCAAAGAGGGAUGCGCAGAUCCUGUACGAUGCUGGUGAAAAGAGGUGGGGAACGGAUGAAACCCAAUUUAUCGAUAUUCUGUCCUCCAGCAGCUUUUCUCAACUCAGACUCACGUUUGAGGAGUACAAAAAUCUUAGCGGGAAGCGAAUGGAGGACAGCGUACGUAACGAGACGUCGGGGGAUUUUGCAGAACUGCUGUUGGCCAUCGUGAAGUGUGCAAAUAACGCCCCUGCCUUCUUUGCUGAAAAGCUGAACAAAUGCAUGAAGGGACCUGGUACUGAUGAAUUCACAUUGAGUAGAAUUCUAGUAUCCAGGUCAGAAAUCGAUCUUCUGGAUAUUCGAGAGGAAUAUAAGAACCUCUAUGGACAAUCUCUAUAUUCUGAUAUUAGUUCAGACACUUCUGGGGAUUAUCGGCGCACAUUGCUCAAGAUUUGUGGUGGAGACAACUGAUGGGGCCAACCCAGACAGAUCUGCUGACUGCUCUGGUUUCCUGUUGCGUUCAUCAGUUUAUAGAGCUUUUAGAUGUUUAAGCAAGUGUAUAAAUUGCCACUCCUCUUUUCAAUUUUUUAAAUUAGGCAUCAUCACAAACAGA